CUUUAUACGAUUGACGCGUCUUUUGUUGAUAAAGGAAGAAUUUUUCAAUAUGUCACAAUUAUCUUCAAAGUUAAAAUAUAACGGGAUUAUUUAUUAAUGUGCGAUCUUGCUGUUGCUAUAUUAUUUUAAAGGAAUAUUCAAACAAAUAGGGACCGGACAGGAACCAGGAUACCCCCGGACAGGAACCAGGAUAACAAUGGAAUGAGACAUUGCGAUCGGGAAUAAACGAGGAUAAAGCAGCGAUGUACAGCUAUGCGGAGAAAGAUGUACAUGAGCGACUGAAAACAGUUCGAUAUGUGUGUGCCAAAUACAUCAAUGUAGAUCUAUGGGAACAAAUUGAGCCCACAGGCCAUGUUUGGUCAAGUGUAUAAACAUGACCAGAAGUUUGACAUUGGAAAUCAAAAACGCGAUAUGAUGUUAAAUAUUUAUAGAAGUAUCCCUAAGGAAAUCAUAGACUCUAUACGAGAGGUGUACAAAUUUGAUUUUGAGUUGUUUGGAUAUGACAAAAAUAUUUUGAAAGAUAUAUAACACUAUAACAACUGUGGUAAUAUAAAUAUCUUAACUUACAUUAGGCAGAAGUCGUCAAGAUAUCUGCGUUCUUGUUAUGGCACACCUGUGCGAUAAUAAAAAUACUGUAAUCGUAUGCCAUACCGGAAGUAAAUGGAUCUUAACAGGAAAUGAAAAUGCUUAAAAGCGUUCUAAACAUACGCAACAGUGUGUGGGUUGAUUGCCGGGACAAGCUAGACGGUUUCGUUUCAGUACUCGGCAGAUUAUCAAAAAAAUCUCGAAAAUAAAAAUACACCCGACUGAACAUUCAAACAAAUAGGGACCGGACAGGAACCAGGGCACCAAAGGAAUGAGACAUUGCGAUCGGGAAUAAACGAGGAUAAAGCAGCGAUGUACAGCUAUGCGGAGAAAGAUGUACAUGAGCGACUGAAAACAGUUCGAUAUGUGUGUGCCAAAUACAUCAAUGUAGAUCUAUGGGAACAACUUGAGCCCACAGGCCAUGUUUGGUCAAGUGUUAAACAUGACAUUCACUAUUGCUCAACACCAAAAAUUGGUUGUACACACUGGAAGAAAAUUAUGCGUUUUAUUGCUGGAGAUUAUGACAAAAGUCUUAAGAUAAGUAAGCCAGGAGACAUCGAUCGCCAGUAUGUACAUGAUGCAAAGUUGAAGCAUGUUAGGCGCGUUGGUAUGAACAGUGCAAUGGUUCGAGGUGAAAUGUCAAAGGGUCAAUCCUUUAUGUUUACAAGAGAACCGUACAGUCGGUUAUGGUCCGCGUACAUUGACAAAUUUCUUUUGCCAGAUUUUUGGAGAUGGGACGCACAUGCCGUAAUAAAAAAGAUCCGACCAAAUGCUACGCAUGAGCAAAAAAAAUGUGCAAAUGACGUUACGUUUUUGGAAUUUUUACAAUACAUAGUAAAGUCCUCCCCCCAAAACAUGAAUGAACAUUGGCAGCCAGUUUACAAACUAUGUAAUCCUUGUUUAGUGGCAUAUUCAAUCAUUGGCAAAGUUGAAACAUUUGGUAAUGAUUCGCAUUUAAUUUUACAUACAUUUGGGCUAGAUAAUUUAAUUAAUACGACCGAGUCAAAAUUCUCGAGGGAUGUUGAAGAAGUAAAGAUGUUGGUCAAGUAUAACUUUGAUUUGAAACAAAAUAUACCGAAAGGUUGCUUUGACAAUGAAGAUAUUGCAAAGCGGCUUUGGAAAUCCUUUCAAUAUAAUGGAUACAUCCACAGAUUAAUCAAUAUUCCAAUAAAAAAGAUGCAAUCAGAAAACCUUGCUGAACAUCCGAAAGAAGUAUUUCUAAAACAUGUAAUGUGGGCAAUGGAACACAAAUAUGACCACAAGUUUGAUAUUGGAAAUCAAAAACGCGAUAUGAUGUUAAAUAUUUAUAGAAGUAUCCCUAAGGAAAUCAUAGACUCUAUACGAGAGGUGUACAAAUUUGAUUUUGAGUUGUUUGGAUAUGACAAAAAUAUUUUGAAAGAUGUAUAACACUAUAACAACUGUGUUAAUAUAAAUAUCUUAACUUACAUUAGGCAGAAGUCGUCAAGAUAUCUGCGUUCUUGUUAUGGCACACCUGUGCGAUAAUAAAAAUACUGUAAUCGUACGUCAUACCGGAAGUAAAUGGAUAAUGACAGGAAAUGAAAAUGCUUAAAAGCGUUCAAAAAAUACGCAACAGUGUGUGGGUUGAUUGCCGGGACAAGCUAGACGGUUUCGUUUCAGUACUCGGCAGAUUAUCAAAAAAUCUCGGAAAUAAAAAUACACCCGACUGUAAGUAGUGAAAUAAAACAAGUUAAUUUUACCAUUUUAUCGAAUGGGUCACUAUUGCCUUGGAAUGCAAUUGGAUUCAGUUCAUGCCGACGAGUUCUGCGAUUGCAUAACCAUUUAAAGCUUUAUGCGAAAAAUGCAAUAUAAAUGCAUGCUUUGCAGUACACUUAUUAGAAAGUGAAUGGUAUAAGGAAGGUCCUCCUCGUUAUUCGUUGGAUGAAUAUCAAACUAAUUCAUAGCUUUUUCAUAAAAAUAUACAUAUUCAUAUUUGUUUUAGUAUCAUUUAUCAAGCGAACACUCUUAAAUAUACUUUUGAAAGUGUCGAAAUGCUUAAUGAUUAAUACAUUCGUAUGGUUGGCGAUGAGUAUUAUGUACAUGUAGUAAGAUACAGCGAAAGGAGAGUAACUUGCAAUACAAUAAAUAAUUGUUUCAGGCUGAACUUAAUGUUUAAGUUUUAGGAAGGCACACACACACACAUAUAUAUUUAUACCCAACAAUAUGUUAAUAUGCUGACGUUUAAAACGUGUCAAACUUAAUGAAUAUUCUCAAUUUAAUACAUGUAGAAUACAAUUAACAUUGAUCAAUAGUCCAAUCAUGCAAAAUUAAAAUCAGAUCGUUUGAUUCUUAACCUGGCUAUUCAAAUAAUACACGGAUACUGUGUAAUAUUUCCAAAUGCAUAUUUUCGCACCUUGCACCGUGCCUUCAUUUGUUAUGAUAAUUCAGUUCUAAGAUAUACUGAACAAUGUCCAAUAAAUCAUGUUUAUCUUAUCGUCAUACUUCAUCCACAAUAACGUAAGAACAUUUGUUUUGGAAACAACCAACCAUUAAACUGAACGAAUUGUCUUUAAUACUUACAAAGAGUUUCCAUAAGAAAUUGUCGCCAUCUUGAUAUUUCCCGUCUAUAGUAGGUAUUACCGGUACAAUAUAAAUAUCAAGAAAUAAACUAAAUGAAUAUAUACAACAUAAAUUAAAUGCUAAAAGUAAUAUGUAAGCAUUAUAACAGAUCGGAGAAAUGAUAAAACACAAUACUGUGAUAUUGACUGUAGCUUUUACUAACAGAACAUUAAACAGUAACUUGAGCGGCGAUGAAAAAAGAACAAAUAAAAAUACGGUAGUUAUUAAUAAAAAACUUUCUUUACCAAUGAUCGCUCUGAUAAAUAUAUAUAUUGGACAUGCACAAAUGUCAUUGAAGUAUUGCAUUUUGAACUGAAUAAUUCUUUACUAAAAAUCGGAAAAUGUUUAUAUAACUAAACAAAAGGGAUUCCAAUGGGUGCUUACUAUGCACCUUUACUUGCAGACCACUUUUUAUACUGACUAUUUGUUGAAAAUAGCUAAAUCUGGAGGUUUUGCAAUGUUGAUAAUUCAAUAACCCUUUUAGAUAUAAUGAUGAUAAUCUUAGUUUGGAUCAUCCGGUAUUUACAGAUAAUAUCAAAUCGAUAUAUCCUUCACAACUGCAACUUAUUAAAUCGAAUAUAUCCAAUUUAAAAGCAUCCUAUUUACAUCUGCAAUUCGAAGUAAGGCAAGAUAAAUCAAUAUUAAGCCUGAGGAUCAACGUGGUGAUUUUAAUUUCAAAAUAAUUAAUUACCCUUCUUCAAAUGGAGAUGUUCAUAGUUUACCAUCAUAUGGUGUUGUUAUUGCAGAGUUGAUAAGAUUCGCUAGAAUAUCUACAAAUUUCAAACACUUCAGCUCUCACAGCAAACUUAUGACGGAAAAACUUUUAAAACAGGCUUUCAGAUAUCAUAAAUAAAAGAAGACUUUCUCAAAAUUUGUUAAUGGUCAUUAUCAUUUUAUCUCAAAGUACAAUUGUAGUCUUAACUCGCUAGUUGCUGGUAGUAUUGCUCAUCCCGACUUUUUCGCUGAUGUUUACUAGAAAUUUCGUAAAAUUUAAAAUGUUUUCAGUAGUUAGUUGGCAGAUAGGCUCAAUGAAUUGCUCGGAUUUUAUUUAAAACGUGGAUAUAACGGGAAAACUUUGAAGAGUACUUGCCUUCUUGUUUUUGAUGAUGAAUUCCUCAUACAAAAUAUUAUAAGUUUCAAUAUAUUGUCCUUACAUAACUAAACAUUCAGUCCUUUGAUUUAAUAAAAAAAUGCAGAUUCGUGUUAUAUUUAAAACUUUGUUUAGCUUGCUGGGAAUGUUUCAGCGUGUGAUGUUUCUUUCUUUUAAAACGUUUAGCUCAUACAUGUCGUUACCAAUUUUAAUAAUAAUUUCUUUGUUCCCAGUUUAAUUGCAUUGAUUCUUUUUAUUGUGAAACUCUAUGUAAUGUAAUUUCAAUCCUUUUUUUCCUAAAGCAGACUGUGUGUAAUGCUUAUAGUUUCAAACAAACAUGCAUCGUAUCUUUGAUAAGGUUUUGCAUUAAGUACUCUGAAUUGUAUUCCCACUUCUACAGAGAGAGUUUGGAUUCCUAAUCAUUAAAGUAUUAGGUGUUAACUAUUAGUUUAUUAUUAUUAUUAUUAUUAUUAUUAUUAUUAUUAUUAUUAUUAUUUGUUUUAUUAUUAAGUUUCCUCAAGUUAAUUUAUACUUAAGUUUACCUUUUAGGUUAUUAUAUUUUAUUCUGGGUUGCUGGGAUAAGAGUGAGGUUGUGCACGCAAACUGGGUUAAAUCCCCAGUAAAUUUACAUUUUACUGACCGUUCCAAGGCGGCAACUUACAAUCCUUAAUAAACAGACCUAGUUUUUUUUAUAUAUAUUAUAAAUGAAUUGUGUUGUUUGUUCAGUUUUGUGUUGUUGUUCCAUUGUUCAGUGUCUUUGGCGUUAACCCUGUGCCAUUAAACGUUUUUUGUUUGUUUAAA